AUGUCAGAAGACAAAAUACCAUUUAAACAAAGAAAAGUGGAAAAUAAAAAAAUAAUACCAAUUUUAAAUAGAAAGUAUACUGAUACAAAUAUUCCUUUGGUAAAAUUUCAUGUUUUAAAAAUAAGUAAUAAAAAAUUACUUUCAAAAUUAUUAUUAAAUUUUCCAAAGUUACCUGAAGAGUAUGAACAUUUAAAAAGAAUACGGAAUGGUUGUGAAUUUUUAAUUGAACCAUUAACAGGAGAUGGUUUAUUAAGUCAAAGGUGUACAGAAGUAAUUGAGGAGAUAUUUAAAAAUGAUGAGAAAUUUGAGAUGGAAAUUGUUGAGGUUCCAUCAAUAAUGCCAUUAUCAAAAUUACAAAAAGAAGCUGUGAGGGAGUGUUGGCCAGUGAAAUGUAAAAGAAUUAAAGAAGUUGAUGAUACUAUAAAUGAAAAUAUUUUUAAUGAAUAUGAGGCAAAACGUAUAAUUGAAUUAUUUGAGGAAGUAGAAUUAAGUAAUGGAGUUAUUAUUUAUGAUCCCAAAAAUGAUAAAGUUAUUAUUAAAAUAGAUAAUUAUGAAAAGGAACAUAUUUUAGAUCAUCCAGUUAGAAGGGCAAUUGAUAAAUUAUCAGAAUUACAAAGUAAUACUUCAUCUUGUGAGCAGUAUCUUGCUACCGGUUAUUAUAUAAUAUUAGGAGAAGAAAUUUGUGCUAUGUGUAGUAUGGCUUUAGUUCAUUCCAGGGCAAAUAAAGUUUUUUUUGGUAAACCUCUUCCAUCAAAAGGAGUACUUAUAUCAAAUUGGAGGAUAAUGGAAGAACCAAAAAUUAAUCAUCAUUACUCUUUAUUUAUGAUACAAUCUCAAUAUACCAGAGAAACAAAUUUUCGUUGGAAGUUAAAAGUAAAUGAGAAUUUUAAUAUUACAUCAUAUGAAAAAAAUAAAAUCAUAAAUAUGAAUUAUAAAAAAUUUAUGGUAAAUGUAAAUGAAAUUGUUGAUAAAUUGAAAAGUUUUAAUAAUUGUAUUAUUGGUAUUAAUAUAGAAAGAGGUAUUAAAUUGGUUGUUGCCAUUGUUGGAGUUUUAAUAUCUGGAAAUGCAUUUGUAAUUUUAGAAGAAAAUAAUUCUAAUACAGUUAUCAAAAGAAUGAUUGAACGUUUUAAAAUUAAUGCAUUAUUAACAAAGUCAGGUUUAGAGGUUUUUAAUUUUAAAGAAUUAGAAUGGAAAGAGAAGAAAAAUAUUAUAAUGUAUGUAAUUCAAAGUUCAGGAACCACAGGGGACCCUAAAAUUAUUCAUGUACCAUUUUCAUGUAUACUUCCAAAUAUUGAAUAUUUUUAUGAAAAUUUAAAAUUAACUAAUAAUGAUAUAAUAAUGUGCUCUACAUCAUUUUCAUUUGAUCCAUCUAUAAUUGAACUUUUUCUUCCCAUAAUUUAUGGUUGUAAACUUAUAUUAGUUCAAGAUAAUUUUAGAAAACAACCUUCACUUUUAUGUGAUGUAAUAAUAAAUGAGAAAAUUACAUUUUUUCAAACAACACCAAGUUUUUUAAAAUUAUUAUCAAAAAAUAUUUUGUUAAAGGUAUUAUCUUCAAAUAUAAAACAUUUAUUAAUUGGUGGUGAAGAAUUUCCUUAUUUUUAUUUGAAAAAUAUAAUUAUAUCAACAAAUUAUGUACCUAAUAAUUUACUAAAAAUAUAUAAUGUAUAUGGAAUAACAGAGGUUUCUUGUUGGGCUAUGAUAAAAGAAAUAAAGUUAGAAUCUUUAAUUAAUUAUAAAUUAUCUUUUACAAAGUACAAAGAUAUUGCCGAGAUGUUUGGAAGGUUAAUUUUUUCAACAUCAAUUCAAAUCACAUCAUCUGGUAAAAUUUUAAUUGGUGGUUAUAGACAAUAUUCUGGUGACCUUUAUAUAGAUGGAAAAUUUGUUGGAAGAAAAAAAAAUAAUGGCAUGCUAAGAGAUUAUGAAAUAGAAAAUAUUUGUUACAGUAAAUGGAUUGAAGUAGAAAAUUGUAAACUUAUCUAUGAUGAUAAUAAUUUUUUUGUAUUAUUUAUCAAAUUAAGUCGAGAUGAUGAUGAAUUAUUUAGUAAUAUAAAAAAAUAUAUCUAUAGUGAAAUUAAGAAAGAUUUUUUACCAAAUGAUAUUGUAAAAUUUAAUGAUAUAUGGCCUAUUAAUAAAAAUGGUAAAGUCGAUGAAAAUGAAUUAUUAAAUUGGUAUAAAAAAAAUUUAAAACUUAAUUUAUCUUUCUUAUCCACAAAUUCAUCUUAUUUAUCAAAGACACUUCGUGAAAUGGGAAUAGAUUCAUUUAAAGCAAUAGAAAUUAAUUAUCAUAUUCAAUCUCAUUUUCCUAAAAAAUUUCCUUAUUUUCUUCAAUAUCUUUUAAAUCCUACAACUACAGUAAAUUCAUUAUUACAGUUUUUAAAAUAUCAUAAAAUCAAUUUUUCAUUAGAAGAAACAAUUUCCCAUGAUAAUAAGGGAGAAAAUUUAUUAAGUAACCUUACUACAUGUUUUAAUAAAAUAUCUUCAAAUAUUUUAUGGUCCAUAAAUAUGAAAAAAUGUAUUGACUCGAAUGUAAUUAUUUUUAAUGAAUGUCAUAAUGAGUUUUUUAAUAAGGAUAUUUAUUAUGUUAAGGAUAACUUUAAAACAAUUGAACUUUGUAUGGUUGGUUCACAUUCUGGAUUAUUUGUCCUUGUUGAUAUAAAUAGUGGUAGUAUUAUUUAUGAAUAUGAAGCAGAAGGAAGAAUUGAGGGAACAUGUAGUGAUGUAUUUAUUUAUAAUAAUAAUAUUAAGAAAUUAUAUCUUGUUGCUGUACCAACAUAUGCUGGAGAGAUUAUUUUGAUUGACAUUAAAGAUUUAAAAGUUAUUAAAGUUUUUAAAAUUAAAGCAAUUAUAAAAUGUAAGCCUGUUUUUACAAACAAUGGUUAUUUAUGGAUAGCUGGUUAUGAUAAAAUUAUUUAUACAAUUAAUUUAAAUAUACUUAAUAUGGAAACUUUAUACAAUAUUGAUGGUCUUCCAUUAGCAGAACCAUUAAUAGUUGAUGAUAAGAUUAUAUUUUCAUUGUUAUCUGGAACAAUUUAUUGUUUUAACACAUUUAAUAUGACACUUACUUGGAAAAUAACAAACUCAACAUAUCCAUCAUUUUCAAAACCAACUUUAUUAAAUAUUGAGGGAAAAGAACAUUUUAUUAUUACAUCACCGGAAGGUUUUAUUUCUGUUUUUAAUGUUAAUGAUGGAAAAAAAAAUUGUCAAUUUAAAAUUGAUGAAGAAAUAUUUGAUAGUGCAUUUAUAAAAGAUAAAAAAAUAAUUGUAUCUUCUAAAAAAGGAAAUAUUUACAUAUUUAAAUUUACUAAAAAUGAUAUUUUUUUAGUUGAAAAAAAACCAAUUUUAAGUGAAUUAAAUGUUGUUAAAAAUAUCAAACCAUUAAAUGGAAUGUUUUUAGGAGUAACAACAGAUGGUAAAAUAUGGUUUAUUGAUGAAGGUCUUAAUAACAAAGAAUGUAUUUUUGAUACAAAAGCUGAAGUUUUCAGUUUUCCGGCAAUCAUUGUAAAAAAUAAUAAUGAAAUAAUACUUAUUUUUGGGGCAAGAGAUAACCUUUUAAGGUGUAUUUGUAUAAAAUAA